GUCUUUUCGUGCGCAUGAUUAAAGUUUCUUGUUGACACCGUUUCAAGCCAAAAUGCCGAGAGAAGGAAGAUCAUACAGACGAAGAUCACGGUCCAGGAGUGAUUCACGUGAGCGGGACAGGAAGAGACGAAGUCGAUCCAGGAGUCGACCCAGAAGAUCUCGAUCUCGAGAUAGAUCACGAAGAUCCAGGUCCAGAGAGAGGAAGCGAUCUCAUUCUCGUGAAAGGAGAAGGUCAAGAUCUAGAGAUAGAAGAAGGUCACGAUCUAGGGACAGGAGAAGGUCAAAGAGAUCAAGGUCAAGGAACAGGAAAAAGUCCAGAUCCAAAACUCCAGACAAGAAAAAACGAAGUAUAUCUCCGGAGGCAAAGAAAUUGACACAUCGUGAGGGGGAGAUCAGUGUCAAGGAUGAGCCCCUGGACAAGGAAGAAGAACAGAAAAGGUUGGAGAUGGAGAUGCAGAAACGCAGGGAGAGAAUAGAACAGUGGCGGGCUGAACGGAAGAAAAAACAGGAACUGAUUCCUAUCAACAUUGCUCCGGUCAGUAAAAAGUGGUCACUGGAAGAUGAAGAUGAUGAUGAUGAGGAAGAAGUUGAAGUAAAGAAAGAGGAUGAUGGCAAUGAAGUGGACCCACUGGAUGCCUACAUGCAGGACAUUAUAUCAGAGGUGAAACAGAAAGACAAAGAAAAACCAAAUGGAGACGGAGUUCAGAGCAUGGGAAAGGUCACAAUCAUCACAGCGGUGGCCAAGAAAAAGGUCAAUCCUGAGAAGGAGAAGGGAGAGUUGAUGGAGAACAACGUAGACCUGAUGGAGUAUUCCUCAGAAGAAGAGGAGGAGGACCUGGAAUCUACAAUGCUGAAUAUGAAUAAAAAGAAAAAGGAUGCUAUAGUGGUAAACCAUGACAAGAUUUAUUAUGCUUCGUUCAGGAAGAACUUUUAUGUAGAGGUGCCGGAGAUUGCCAGGAUGACCAAUGAGGAGGUGGAGAACUAUCGAGUGGAACUGGAAGGAGUCAAAGUCCGUGGCAAGAACUGUCCAAAGCCCCUCAAGUCCUGGGCUCAGUGUGGCUGCAGCAAGAAAGUCAUGGACGUCUUCAAAAAAAACAACUUUGAGAAGCCUACUCCGAUUCAGUGCCAGGCAAUCCCGACCAUCAUGUCAGGCAGGGACCUUAUAGGGAUAGCUAAGACAGGGAGUGGGAAAACCCUGGCCUUCCUUAUCCCACUGUUCCGACACAUUAUGGAUCAACCCCCACUGGAUGAAAACGAUGGACCAAUCGCCAUUAUAAUGACCCCAACAAGAGAACUGGCCAUGCAGAUAACAUCGGAGUGCAAGAAGUUCACUAAACCACUGGGACUGAAGGCUGUGUGUGUGUACGGCGGAACCGGGAUAUCGGAGCAAAUCGCCGAGUUAAAACGUGGCUGUGAGAUCAUCGUGUGUACCCCUGGGAGGAUGAUUGACAUGCUGUCUGCUAACAGUGGUCGGGUGACAAACUUACGAAGAUGCACUUAUGUAGUGUUGGAUGAGGCUGACAGAAUGUUUGACAUGGGAUUUGAACCACAGGUGACAAAGAUCAUGGACAGCAUACGGCCAGAUAGACAGACAGUGAUGUUUUCUGCCACCUUUCCACGUCAGAUGGAGGCUCUCGCCCGAAAGAUCUUACAGAAGCCAAUCGAAGUUCAGGUCGGAGGUCGCAGUGUGGUCUGCAAGGACGUUGACCAGAAUGUGAUUGUUAUAGAUGAGGAUAAGAAAUUUCUGAAGCUGUUGGAGUUACUCGGGAUUUACCAGGAGAGGGGCAGUGUGCUGAUCUUUGUGGACAAGCAAGAGCACGCGGACGAGUUAAUGAAGGAGCUGAUGACUCACUCCUACCCGUGUAUGUCGCUUCACGGUGGCAUCGACCAAUACGACCGAGACAGCACCAUCGUCGACUUCAAGAACGGCAACAUCCGGCUACUGGUGGCUACGUCUGUGGCUGCCCGGGGUCUUGAUGUUAAACACCUGAUUCUUGUCAUUAACUACGACUGUCCCAAUCACUACGAGGACUACGUGCAUAGAUGCGGACGGACAGGUCGAGCAGGAAACAAAGGUUAUGCCUUCACUUUUAUAACUCCGGAACAGGAGAGGUAUUCAGGGGACAUCAUCAAGGCCCUGGAAUUGUCUGGUGCUCCUGUGAAUGUGGAUCUGGAAAAAUUGUGGAAUGACUACAAGGAGAGAGCCAAGGCUGAGGGUAGAACUGUUAAACGUUCCAGCGGUUUCUCUGGGAAAGGGUUCAAAUUUGACGAGACGGAGGCACAGCUGGCCAAUGAGAGGAAGAAGUUACAAAAGGCAGCCCUCGGACUCCAGGACUCGGAUGAUGAAGAUACUGGUGUCGACAUUGACCAACAGAUUGAGGACAUGUUUGCCAGUGUGAAGAGAGUGACCGACAUUGCGAAGCCACAGGUCAUUGCAAACCCAACCACAGGGGCAAGUACACUACCCACCGGCCAGUCUAACCAACAGAAGCUGGCUCUAGCCAAACAGCUCGCAGCCAAAAUCAACAUGGCCAAGAAAAUCGGUCCUGAUGCAAGGGACAUCACUCAGCAGGCUGCUAAGUUUAUUUUAUCUGAUGAAGGUUUUGCUCCAAAAGUUGCUUCUAAGACAAUAGCAGAGCAAACAGCGGAGAAGAUUAAUGCCAAGCUGGGAUAUCGACCUCCAUCGGAGGAUGAGGACGGAGAAAACAGCAAUGCGGAGACCUUCAAACGUUACGAGGAGGAGCUGGAAAUUAAUGACUUCCCACAAACAGCUAGGUGGAAAGUCACAUCGAAGGAGGCCUUGGCACAGAUUUGUGAGUACUCCGAGGCCGGUAUCACGGUGAGGGGGACUUACUUCCCCCCAAACAAGGAGCCCAAGGAGGGAGAGAGAAAGCUGUAUCUAGCUAUAGAGGCCACGAGCGACAUGGCCAUUCAGAAAGCCAAGAAAGAAAUCACGCGCCUCAUCAAGGAUGAGCUUAUACGAUUGCAAAAUUCAUACCAACCAAUCAACAAGGGAAGAUACAAAGUGCUGUAACAGAACUCGAGAGAAGAACUCGGCACCCACAGGGAACUCAUGAGCAGAACUCGGGCACCCACUGGGAACCUGAGAGCAAAGCUCAGGCACCAACAGUCAGUUCAGUAGCAGAAUUCAGUCACCAUUCACAGAUUACAGCAGUUUUAAUUAUUAUGCAGUUUACAUUGCAUAGACAACUUGUUUUUAUUAUGAUUGAAACUUUAUCUAUAUAAAGGAUAGGGGCAGCAUAUCAAAUACUUGUGGAUGGUCAUACAGAAAUGGGAUACAUUUCAGUCCUUUUGUUUGAAAAUUGUAGCCUUUAGAUAAUAAAUAUUGACUUUAUCCCUCUUUA